AUGGCUUAUACAAGUCGAGGUGAUGCUAGCGGUAUCUUAACAACACCAAAUUAUGUGCUGGAUACAAAUCUUGGCAGUAAUAAACUACGUGUUACAAUUCAAAUUCAAGGUUUAAAAUCAUCAACUGUACUAGAAUUUCAAAAAAAGCUAAUUCCAAAACUUUAUAAAAAGCCAACUAAUGGUGAAAUUGUAUUCGAUUUACACGAUAACGGUUUUCUAUUUGAAUUUCAUGGUCAACAGGCAUUAAAAGAUCAAAAUUAUUCCCUGCAUAUUCAUCAAUUACCCGGUGUAUUAGAUUAUAAACGAUCACAGUUAAUUGUACGCGAAGAUGCUGUCGAGAUUAUUUUAAUAAAGGCGGAUAAUACUUCAUGGUCAUCAUGUGUAAUUAAUGAAGGUUUAAAGAUUGCUGAAAAUGUUAAAAAAUAA